AUGCCGAGCGAUAUCCAGCAACAGCUCGAUCAUACCAAACCAAAUCUCAACUGGACAUCCAUCGAGGGAGUGCAAUCACCCCUAACACUCAACAACCUCGACACGCUCAAUUCAAUGGGAAAUACAAGCGUCUACCUCACUUCUUUGGAAGGCAUCGAAGCCGACCCAGAGCCAGCCUGGUUCCGGGGUAUCAAACCAGACACAGAUGGGAGAACAGUUGAUGGCACAGCGAGUAUCAUCGUUAUGGCAGAUCGCGGCAAUGGAACCGUUGAUGCGUUCUACUUUUAUUUCUACGCAUUCAAUAAAGGCGGCCAGGUACUAGGGAUGGAAUUCGGCGAUCACAUCGGCGACUGGGAACAUAAUAUGAUCCGCUUUGUCAAUGGCGAACCAAAAGAAAUGUGGUAUAGCCAGCAUGCUAGCGGACAGGCGUUUACGUAUGGCGCUGUGGAAAAGAAGGAUAAGCGGCCGUAUGUUUACUCCGCCAGAGGCACGCAUGCGAACUAUGCAAUUGCUGGAACACACGACCACACUAUUCCGGGCUUCAACCUCCCUGCGGGAUUUCUGAUGGAUUAUACAGCCCGUGGCGUUCUGUGGGAUCCUGUGCUCAAUGCCUACAUUUAUACGUAUGACAAAACUGCUGGGUUCGCGGCUGUGAACUCUGAAGAUCCAGUGGCGUGGUUGGAUUUCAAUGGGAAAUGGGGUGAUGACCAGCCGCGUAAUGAGCGUGAGAUAUUUGGUGAGGCUAAGAAUGUUGCUGGUCCUAAUGGUCCUAAGUUCAAGAAAUUGGAUAGACAGCAGGUGUGUCCUUCCACUCCGUGCUUUGUGCUUCCAUUUAGGAUUUGGUCUGCGGAGAAUUCGUGA